AUGCCCUGCUCGCAGCGCCGUCGGGGCCCACCACAAGAAAAGAUGAACCGAGGGCUUGGCCCGGUGGGCUGGUGCCCUGUUGUCUGUCUUUUUUUUUUUUUUUUUUUCCCCUUGGCAGAUCUUGUGAAGUUAGCAGGGCUCCUGUUGACAUCGUUGGCUGCUUGGUACUUGGGAUGCUUUCUCUCUGCGCUUGUACCCAAAGAGGCAAUAACAGCAUCUAUGGCUAAUCUUCGAGACAUUGGAAAGAAACCAGCAUUGAGGGCCCCAGUCCCAAAAAGGCAGAAGUGUGAUCACUGGUCUCCCUGCUCACCUGGGAACUAUGCCUAUCGGAUUCUUAGUGGUGGUGGCAAAGGAAAGCUGGCUAAAAUUUGUUUUGAGGAUGAGCUGCUUGUAAGCGAAGAGAAGGGUAAUGUUGGAAGAGGUAUAAACAUUGCCAUUGUGAAUUAUAAAACAGGAAAAGUUACAUCGGCAAAAUUUUUUGACAUGUGGGAAGGAGACCACUCAGGAGAGAUGGUGACUUUCAUUAAAAAUGCACCAGAGGGGUCCCUUCUUUUGAUGGUCACUCAUGAUGAUGGAAGCACCCGGUUGAAAAAUGAUGCCAAAAAUUUAGUAGAAGGGCUGGGAAGUAAAGAAAUACGGAAUAUGAAGUUCAGGUCAAGUUGGGCUUUUAUAGCUGCCAAAGGCUUCAAGCUGCCAGAUAAUAUCCAAAAAGAAAAGAUAAACCACUCUGACAAGAACAACAGAUACGGUGGCUGGCCAGCUGAAAUCCAAAUAGAAGGCUGUAUCCCAAGAAACCUGAUCUGA